AUGGUUACCAAUGAAUCUUACAGAAAAUCUUUCAUCGACUCUUCGAUAAGGAUAGCGAGGCUUUACGGCUUCCAAGGCCUAGACCUUUGUUGGGUUUCAGCAAAUACAAGCUCAGACAUGACCAAUAUGGGAUUACUCUUUCAGGAGUGGCAAGAUUCCGUGAAUUCUGAGGCAAAGAACUCUAGCCAGCAAGAAUUGAUCUUGACUGCUGCAGUUCAAUACUCCCCAGAUGUAGAAAGUGCUUCUUUCCUUGUGGACUCAAUCAGGAGCUACUUGAACUGGGUGCAUGUCAUGGCUUACGACUACUAUAUGCCUGAGUGGUCAGAAAUUACGGGUGCUCAUGCAGCCUUGUAUGAUCCAUCAAGUCAAUUUAACACAGAUUAUGGCAUUGGCGCAUGGAUUGGUAGAGGCUUGUCUGCAAGCCAGUUGGUUCUGGGUUUGCCUUUCUACGGUUAUGCCUGGACGUUAAAGAAUCCCAACUACAGUGCUAUAGGCACACCUGCUACAGGUCCAGCCAUUACAGAUGAUGGAUCCAUGAACUAUAAGGACAUCAAGGGCUACAUUCAGAGAUAUGGAGCUACUGUAAUGUAUAAUGCUACAUACGUAGUGCAAUACUGCAUAGUUGGAUCGACCUGGAUUGGCUUUGAUGAUGUUGAAGUUGUCAAAAUUAAGGUUUCUUUUGUCAAGGAGAUGAAGCUACUUGGUUACUUUGUGUGGCAAGUCCCAUAUGAUGACAAUUGGGAGCUUUCUCGAGCAGCUCAAGAGGAAGAAAACAAUCGACCGUCCGAGAGGCGAUUAUUAGUGAUCAUUUUGACAACUGCUAGCAUUGUUCUACUAGGCCUUGAAUGGUUGUUACAUCUUAAGAUACAGGGUCCAAAGUCAAUCAUAGAGAGGCUGGAGGAGACUUCAACAGCAAUGUUCCUAAUCUGCAAGCUAGUCUUUAGUUUAAGAGACAUUGAGGCAGCUACUGACCAACUUUCAAUUGAAAAUAAACUUGGAGAGGGAGGUUAUGGUCCCGUUUACAAGAAGGCUGCAAGUCUGUUAUCCAUAGCGAUGACACUUUUGCCAAACACCUCUAAGCUUAAGCGGAACAAAGGCAAUUUCAACGGAACAGUGGCACAUGGUGUCUUUGCAAAUUUGUGA